AUGUCAACAGAAUCGCCCCUCGUCGUCCUCCCGGGCGAGACCAUCGACCCUUCCCUCAUUCCCACCCACAAGAAGAACCCUCUCCGUCUCGGUCCCGGGUUGCGACACAUUCCUCCUAGCGAAAUCGUCCCCACGGUAGCCGGCCAGCUAGUAGUCGACCAUCGCAAAACUUCCAUGUGGAUAGAAUACAAUGGCGGUCGCUACAUACCCUCCAAAGGCGACCUCAUCAUCGGCCAAAUCGCCCGCUCCGCCACCGACUUCUACUACGUCUCCCUCUCGCCCUAUACCCCCAACGCCACACUCCCGCACCUCGCCUUCGAGUCAGCCACCAAGAAGACCCGUCCCCAACUGGCGUCUGGCGAGCUCGUCUACGCCCGUGUGUCUCUGGCCAACCGGCACAUGGACCCAGAGCUGGAAUGCGUCAACUCUUCGACCGGCGAAGCGGAUGGGCUGGGCCCCUUGAAGGACGGCAUGGUGUUUGAUGUCAGUCUUGGGUUUGCGAGGAGGUUGUUGAUGGCGAAAAGCAGGGAGGAGGGCAAAGUGGAGGUUCUGGAGGCGCUGGGCGAGGAAGGGUUGGCGUUUGAGACGGCGGUGGGGAGAAACGGGAAGGUGUGGGUGGGUAGUGAGAGUGUCAAGACGGUGGUGGUGGUGGGAAGGGCGUUGAGGGAGACGGAUGAAAAGGGACUGGGGGUGGAGGCGCAGAGGAAGUUGGUGAAGAAGUUGGUUAGGGAGAUGCGUUGAGGAAUCAAGGUGAAAUGGGUUAAAGGGAACAAUGAUCGUGAUGAGAACAAGGAAGAGCAUGGCCAGCAGCGGCUGGGUGUCUGGCCUGAGAGCGCUGCGAAGACACUUUUUCGCAAGAGGCAGGAGGUGGAAAAUCUCUGAUGCCAAGACUCUGCGAGAGUGGCAUGGCCGAAUCUUUCUUCCAGCCAGAAGUGAUUUUCAGUCAUCAGCAAAAGCGGGUUUGAGUCCAGAGAUUCCUCCUCCAGCGAAGUUUGAUACCCCCGAGGAAGCGACGAACCCCCGUGAGCCGUAUACUAGGUUCACAGGCUACGAGCCAAGGGAUUUAGUGGAUCGCAGAGUGGCAUACACGAGUGAAGAAAGGAAGUUCACGAGAUAUAGAUCUUCAGAUGAGAAGACCAAAGUCCAUGGUUAUGUGGGUUAUAGAUGAUGCCCAAUGGCUUUUGGUAACGUAUUAAAGACAAACGCUAAAGCCACGCGCUCCAUAUAGAUGCAUUAUAUACUAUAAAUGGCGUUUCUCGCUUUCCACAAUGAAAAAGAUAUAAAAAAAAAGGCAAGUCUGUACUUCUCAAGAUCUAAUGUCCAGACCAUUCAUCAUCAUCAUCCAAAAUGCUGGUAGAAAAGAAAAAAAGGCAUACAAUGCCCGAACAAAGGUGGGUAUCACAGUCCCCUGAUCUUCUUUGGCGCACUCAUAACGACCAUCAAGGCCCGUUAUCAAACGCUUGCCUGGCGUUUUCUAUCACUUCAGCACAUUAAUCCAGCUCGCUCAUCAAGGGCAAGAGCAUGCCACCCAAGCAGACCCAUCGUACACUGCGUCCUUCUAUCGAGUACCGUAGACUAGACCAUCGAUUAAUCAUGCGUCGCCCAUGGCCACAUCGUUAUACUCAAUUGGCUCUUGCAAA